AUGAGGGCACCAUGGAUGUGUAGCUUUUUCUUCGGCUUCUUUCUCAUCUUCUCAUCCAUCUCUGCUGAAUCUAAUUACUUUUCCCCAGCAAAAGUUUCAUCCACAUGGACCAACAAUGAAUCAUUUAUAUCCUCCAUCAAUUUCAGAGAUGGCUCAAGGAUCAGAGUCAUUCUCAAUAAAGAAAAGAAAUUCCGUUGUGGCUUCUUCUGUAAUGGAACCUGCACAUCUUACCUCUUUGCGAUUGUGGUUAUCAAUAUAACAACCACCCGAGACAGUCUGGGGGUGAUUUGGUCAGCAAACCGAGACAUUCUGGUCAGGGAAGGCGCAAUUCUGAAUUUCACUGCAACUGGAGAAUUGAUGUUACAGGAUGUCGAUGGAAGCAUAGUUUGGACUACAAACACUACCGGGAAAUCUGUUGCUUCCAUGAACCUAACUGAAGAUGGGAAUCUGCGGUUGUUGAAUGUCCAUAACUUGACAGUUUGGCAAUCUUUUGAUCACCCAACAGACUGUUUGUUACCUGGGCAAAAACUAUUUCAAGGACAGAAGCUCAUACCUAGUGUUUCCUCAACCAACUGGACGCCUCAAGUAGACUUAUACUCUCUGCAAUUCAACGAAAAAGAUGGGCAUUUGAAAGCGUUUGGAUGGGAGAGAGACACCGAUCUAUUGGGUCAUCUUGGAGGUUGUUCUUAUCCUUUGGCUUGUGGGAGAAAUGCCAUUUGCUCGGCUGAUCAACAAUGUAGUUGUCCAAUAUCAAGCACCUCUCCUGCGACGGACUAUUUUAGAGCAGUGAAUGAUCGCCAACCCAACAAGGGUUGCUAUCAAGUUACUCCUCUCACAUGUAACGCUACCCAAAACCAUACUUUCAUUGAACUCAGUAACGUCACGUACGUCACAUUUACCUCAGACAUGGAAGAUGUGGAUAUUGAGACUUGCAAACAAGCGUGUCUGAAUAACUGCUCAUGCAAAGCGGCACUAAUAAUAUUCAACUAUGGUUCCAAUUCAAGUGGGGAUUGCUAUUUACCUUCUGAGGUUUUUACAUUGACGAGUCUUGAUGCAGCGGUAGUUCCACAAAAUGUUUUGGUUUUUAUAAAAGUCGUGAAUUCGUCUAUACCCCAAUCCCAUGGUCGAUCGUCAAACAGAAAAAUUCUAGUUGCAACAAUUAUCGGUUCCACAAUUGGAAGUCUUAUGCUUCUUAUUGUGGUCGUAGGUUUUACUAAAUUCAUAGUUCAAAACAAAAAUAUGAACAGUGAAAGUGAAGAAGAGUAUCUAGAUCAAGUUUCAGGAAUGCCCACUCGGUUUUCCUAUGAUGAACUGAAAACAGCCACGGAGAAUUUCAGUAAAAAGCUUGGGGAAGGGGGAUUUGGAUCAGUUUUCGAAGGAACUCUCAAAGAUGGGUCGAAGAUUGCAGUAAAAUGUCUUCAAGGUCUGGUGCAUGUUAAGAAAUCAUUCUUGGCCGAGGUUGAGUCCAUUGGCAACAUUCACCAUGUGAAUCUAGUUCGACUUAGAGGGUUUUGUGCUCGGAAAUCACAACAGCUUCUCGUGUAUGAAUUCAUGAGUAACGGAUCAUUAGACCAGUGGAUCUACUAUGGAGACAGGAAGCAGGUACUCCCAUGGAUAAGUAGAAAGAAAAUCAUUCUUGAUAUAGCUAAAGGUUUAACAUAUCUUCAUGAAGAUUGUAGACAAAAAAUCAUCCACCUCGAUAUUAAACCUCAAAACAUACUCCUAGAUGCAGACUUCAAUGCCAAAGUAUCGGAUUUUGGGUUGUCAAAGCUCAUCGACAGAGAUCAAAGCCAAGUGAUGACUACAAUGAGAGGAACCCCUGGCUAUCUAGCUCCAGAAUGGUUGAGCUCAAUUAUAACCGAAAAAGUGGAUGUAUAUAGCUUUGGGAUCCUUCUUUUGGAGAUCUUAUGUGGAAGGAAGAUAUUUGAUAGAUCUCAGCCAGAAGAAAGUUGGCACCUACUUCGUGUCUUUCAGAGAUGUUGGGAACAAGAGACGUUGUUAAACAUAGUUGACAGGUAUAGUGAAGAUAUGCAGGAACAUGGUACAGAAGUCAUGGAGAUGAUGAAACUGGCUUCAUGGUGUCUACAGACAGAUUUUACUAAGAGGCCUUCAAUGUCAACGGUGAUUAAGGUGUUAGAGGGAGUAAUAAGUGUUGAACUGGACUUGGAUUACAACUUCUCGUAUCAAAGAAUGCAGGAAACAACAGAUGGACAUGAGAAAAGCUCACAACCAGUGUUGCCACCUAGCAUGUCAGCUCCAAGGUGA